AUGCCGACGCGCACCGCCCAGCAACUUUUCUCUGAGAGACAUGGCAUGGAAGCUAGAGGAGGUACAUUUUUAUGGACGCCACGACAAGUUAUGCAUGUCUUUGCUCCGUCGUCGUCGUCGUCGUCUCGCCUUGGUCUUGGGUCAUCCUUGGGAGUGGAAAAGGGCUUGCCGUGCCACGCGAGACGGUGGAGUCUGGUUUAUGCGAUGCGACAUUCACAAUCCCACUCUAUUUAUACCAGUCUGGUGGUGAAUUCAUCAUGUCGGCCGCAAGAACCGGAAUGCAAGAUUUGGCCUCGAAUAAAUCAACGAAAUAAAAUGAAAACAAGCAACGAUUCCCAGCUGUGUGGCAUUAACUCGGGGGACUCGUCGGCUUCUAUUAUUAGUUGGCUCGAAACACCAAAACUCCUCGACGCCGGGGCAGACAACUUGCGCACUUCCACGCUCUGCAUUGCUGCUUACAUCCGGUCCAACCCCACCUCCCAUCAGUCCAACCUGCAGCUCAUUUUCCCCGUUCUCAACUCUAGUAGCUUUCUUCUCCGACGAUAA